UAUGUAUCAAAAGUUGAAUAAAGAUAGAACGACACUCGUGUGCACACGGGCGAUGUUUCUGAAUGAGAGAUUUUCGAACGUACUUAUGUGAAGUCACACAACACACAUGACACACACAUAUAUAUGAAUUGAAUUUCAAUCAUGACCAAAAAUCCGUAGAUAACCUUUUUUCAAUAUUGUACUGUGAUAAAAUUCUGUAAAAAUGUUAAACAUUAUAUCGCGAUGUUACAACUGUCGUGUAAAAUAUUUUCCAGAAUUAUGCCGAUUAUAUAGUACGAAAACAGAUAAAUUGAAAAACAAUCAACAAAUUCACGAUCUAAUCGGUCCACCUGAUCCUGUUUCAAACCUGAGACCUAUUAAAUUUGCUCAUUCAGCAAAAGAAAGUUAUUUCGAAAAGAGAUAUAUAGAUCUCAGGGAAAACACUCAACAAUGGAAUCAAGAAUUCUGGCUUAAACAUAAUACUAAUUUCAGUCAGGAAUGUAAACGAUUUCAAGAGUUGUUAAGAGCACAAGGGAAGACAGAAAUAACGGCAGAUGAUAUGUCAGUAUUUUAUAAACAGUUUCUAGAUAAAAAUUGGCAGUCUCAUUUCAAUUAUAAUGUAUCAUGGUAUAAAAGAAAUAUAAAAAUUUUACUUUAUGGUAUAGCAGCAAAAAUAUCUAAAUUAAAAAUUAAAUAAAUUUUUAUAAUUAGUUAAAUGACACAUAUUUGUAUAUAACUAAACAUUUGUAUAUUAAAUGUUGAAACUCUAAAUAAAAAAUUUUCAGAAAUUUCCUAUAAUCUUUCUUUUUUUACCU